GUCGAAAAAUGACAGAAUCCAAAAUGUCAAAGACGAAAGGGAAAGAUUGGUGAAAACAGUAGCCUAAGAGAGCAUGUGGAAAAUGACUAAAGGUUGAAGUAAAUCAUGGGAAACCAAACAUCCUCAUUUUCAGAUGAACAAUUCGAGGCGUACCAGGACUGUACAUUUUUUACCAGGAAAGAAAUAGUAAGAGUGUUCAAGCGGUACAGAGAACUUGCCCCAAACAUCGUCCCAUUUGAUAUGAAAGGAGAUGAGAGCAGUCAGAUUUGCAUUCCAUAUGACAUCAUUGAAAAGAUGCCUGAGCUGAAGGAAAACCCAUUCAGGCAGCGAAUCUGUGAGGUGUUUUCUGAGGAUGGCUCUGGCAAGAUGUCCUUUGAUGACUUCCUAGACAUGUUCUCGGUGUUCAGUAAGGCUGCUCCCAGGGACAUCAAAACUGUGUAUGCCUUUAGGAUUUAUGAUUUUGAUGGAGACAAUUACUUAGGACGAGGGGAUUUGGAGAAAACUCUGAGGUCUCUUACAAGAAAUGAGCUGAGUAGUGAUGAUGUAGAGUUCGUAGUUGACAAGGUGUUUGAGGAGGCAGACUUAGAUGAUGACAACAUGCUCUCCUAUAUAGAAUUUGAACAUGUCAUAUCCAGAGCACCAGAUUUUUUAGAAACAUUCCAUAUUCGCAUCUGACCCACGUCUCUCCUGCAAGACAAAAACACCUGUACUGUAAAUCAUAUUCAUGUAUGUAUGUGUGUGUUUGUGAAAUCAGGGUGUGGACAGUGCAGCUGUGUUAAAAGGUAUAACUUCUGUCCAGAACAUUUUGACUAUUUCUUUUCAAACAGAUUUAUGUCUGUCCAUGUCACUUGUGUCAUGUGAGAUGUUUGCAACAUAGGAAAGUCUGGCAUGAUGAUCUAUGGUGUUAGGAUAAAAUCUUUGAUUGUUAUAUGGUGUUAGCUGACAGGUAGAGGUGGUGAGCGUGAAUUGCAACUCAGGAUGUGAUUUACACUACUGUAUAUCUGUGUGACACUACUGAGAACAUGUGUGACACUACAGAGAACAUGUGUGACACUACAGAGAACAUGUGUGACACUACUGAGAUGUGUGAAACAACUGAGUACAUGGAACACUCUACUGAGUACAUGUGACACAGUAGUGAGUACAUGUGACACACUUCUGAGUACAUGUAACUCACUGCUGAAUUCAUGUGACGCGUUAAUGAGGACAUGUGACUUGAUACUGAGUACAUGUUAUGCACUACUGAGUACAUGUCACAUACAACUAAGUAAAAAUGACACUGCUGAGUACAUGUGACACACUCAUGAGUACAUGUCACACACAACUGAGAACAGUUUACAUACAACUGAGUGCAUGUCACACACAACUACAUGUAAGUACAAAUGACACUGCUGAGUACAUGUCACACACUCUUGAGUACAUGUCACAUACAACUAAGUACAAAUGACACUACUGAGUACAUGUGUCAUGCUCCUGAGUACAUGUCACACAUUCCUGAGUACAUGUCACACACAACUAAGUACAAAUGACACUACUGAGUACAUGUGUUACACUCCUGAGUACAUGUCACACACAACUAAGUACAAAUGACACUACUGAGUACAUGUGUCACACUCCUGAGUACAUGUCACACACAACUGAGUACACAUAACGUAGGUGCUGCAUGACAUUCAUUCGGGGAGAGGAGUGAUGUUUGGAGCGGGUAAGGACAUUUGGACCUAAUGGAGUGAAUGCUUCUGUCGAUGUCAAACAUUUUUCUUUUUAAAUAGAAACUGUUUGCAGAUAUUAAAAGCGUACUUAGAAGACGAAAGAAAAAAGGGGCACUAUACUGUACGUGUUUGUUUUUAUGACUACAUGUAACUGUAGUUAUAACUAAUCAUAUAAAUAUACCUAAUUAUAUUUUAACAAUAUCAUCUGUGUGUAUGCAUAAACUACAUCUAUGUGAGAAAAUGUCAUUGAAAAAGUUCAUGAAUUGUUAUAUUUAUUAGUUCAUAUAAUCUAAUAAUACAUGUAUAUGAAUGGAUGUCAGGUAUUUUACAACAAUAUACAGUACUAUUAUGCACUCUUCAUUGUUAUUGAGGAUAUUCUUACUCUGUUCUCACAACAUUGUCCAUUUAUAAAGCCACAGAGUGGCAUUGAUUGCCAUGUAUACACUGCAGUAUACAUCUGAUCAUAGAAGUGGUUUAGGGCAUCAAUUUUGGGGGCCUUCACAAGAAGUACAGUUUAGUCACUCGGAGUGCCCUCAGAAGAUGUAUAAAUUAACACCUUGUAAUUGGGCCAACAGUUCAGUGAAUGUUAAUACUUGAGUCUUCUGUGAUGUAACGAAGGUACGUUCAUCUACACCCAGGUGAAACAGGCUGGUACUUACAUACUUAGUUGAAGAUGUGUAGCAAAGACCUAAUUUGUGGGAGUUAACAUUUAUUCUUUUUAAAAUGGCAUGAAUGCACUUUGGUUGUCGUUACUUAAAACCAAAUAUGGUUAUAUCAAGAUUCAUGAUGUAUAAAUUAUUUUAAAACUUUUGUGUUGAGAUGUACUGUUAACCUGUACAUGUAACCUGUUAAUUGCAUUUUUAGAUAACUAGAGUGCUGUGUUGAGGUAGGUACAAAUGGCGUCCAUAUAAUAGGCCUCCUGUGAAUUACCUACCUUCUUUGAUAACAUAAGGCGAGAUUAGUUUUUAAGGCACGAAGCUGCGAAAAGUGCGACCUGACCUGUUAAAGCAUGUGCUAUGUAGGUUUUGUCAUGAUACUGACAAUUAUUUUCUAGACAAUAGGAUGUAAAAAAAAUUCUCAGAAAUGUCUGGAAAUCAUCAGCGAAGUCGAUAUUCAGCUCAGUUAUUAUACACAUAUUUUACAGAGUUCGCUGAAGCUGUCUACUGAAUUUAAUUUGGGCCAGGAUCUUUACAUUCCCUCUGAAUGGAUUAAAACAUUUGAUAACAUUUAUCCUGGGCUUACCGUAUUAGUUGACAAAAUUAAAAUCUGUCCUAUAGCUAUAUUUUUAACUAGCUCACGCCGAUUUAUCACUGAAACUUGCCAUUAGUAAUUUACAGAGGCCCAACUUAGCCAUACCUUUUAAAUUUGAGAGUGACUGCAAGGGAGGUAAUUCACUGCAACACUACUAAGUCCACUAUUACAGUAAAGAUAUUGCUCGUUUUUCAAUUUUUCUACAAAGCAACCUUACAUAUAUAAAGCAUAGUGUUGUUAUCUACAGUCUUAAAUUAAUGUAUUUAAUAUUUAACCAGUGAUAUUGAAUUUUUUUUACUUUAGAAUGUUGCACAAACUGUACAUUUAGUGUAACAGAUUUUUGUUAUGGGCAUAAUAGAGGGUUGUUUUAUGUACUUGAGUCUUAUUUACAAUAUUUGUUGAGUUAGAAAAUGUAUUUUGCUAUCUGACUGAGUUUGAUUUAUUAAUUACCACAUUUUGUAUUAAGUUUUUGCUUUCACCCAAAGAAGUUUGUUGAUACUUUUCACAGGAAGUAGAUUUCAAAUUUAACUUUCGUGUAUUUUCUUUUCAGAUAGAUUAUUUUUAUCAAUAGUUGUGAGACUUAAACCUAUCUAGUCAGUGUUUAUUUAUGACAGCUGUUUAUUGUAACUACAGUAUUUGGCAUUCUUCAUUUGUUUCCAUUUGUUUUGAUCUUGGAACAUUCCAUAUUGUAUUGGACUGUCAUUGCAAUAAUAAGAAUUCCAA